ACAAUCGUCUAAGUUCUUUGGCCAAAUUAACUUCCCACUGCCAAAUUCAAGAUCACUCAAUCCACUUAGCUUGAGUCCUACGUUAGGGUUGGCAUCAAAAUUUUCUAACAUGGCACCUAAUGGAGAGACUAUUGUUGGCUCUAACUACUCUAGGACCAACAACUUCUCCAAGUCCAAGCCACCAAAGCUCUCAUUCUCAUCCGAUAGCCUUAAAAGAACUGUAUCCGAUAUCUCAUAUGAGCUAAGCAAAGAAGCCGUUGAUCAAGAUUUGCAAUCCCUCCCACCAAUUUCAGAGGUUGAAGAUGCAAAGUGUGAGUGUUGUGGCAUGAGCGAAGAAUGCACGCCGGAGUACAUAGAUCGAGUGAGAGACAAAUUCUUGGGGAAGUGGAUAUGCGGGUUAUGCUCUGAAGCAGUGAAAGAGGAGCUGGAGAAAAAUGGAGGAGAUAAAGAAGAGGCCUUGAAUGCACAUAUAAGUGCAUGUGUUAGGUUUAACAACUACAGUAGGCCUUAUCCAGUUUUGUUUCAAGCUGAGGCCAUGAGGGAGAUGUUGAAGAAGAGCAAAAUGGAAGGGAGAGGUAUGAGGGCCAAGUCGAUUAGCCCGAGGGACAAAGGAGGGGCAAAGGGAAAGGGAGGGAUUACUCGGAGUUCGAGUUGCAUUCCGGCGAUUACGAGGGAAAUGAAUGAUCUCUCCAUGGCUUGAAGAGCUGCUAUAAUGAAUUAAAAGGCUAGUUGCCAUACAUCUAUCUGAUCAUGAUCUCUAGGGGGCAUGGUUUUUUAUUUGUCAACCUCUCCCCUUUUUCUAUGCUAAUUAUUUACUAGUAUAACUAGCUCCCACUCUAUAAAUUAACCUUCUUAAAUCCCUCUUAGGGUUUCUCUUCUAAUGGUCUUGUUGAUUCACAACAAAAUCACUCUAUGCACGGGUGAUGGAUCGACCUUUUUCCUUCAGGGUUUUUCGGGUUAGUCCAAACUCUCCCAGCUAUCCCUGUUUAUGUACUCUAGGGUUUUUUCAUUGUCUACUUGAUUCUCUCCUCCACCCCUUCUUUUCUUUUUGUGUUUCCUACUUAUUAUGUUAACGUGUUGAACCAGCACAAACCGUCACCCUAUAUAUGGGGUUUUUGGCGUUAAACAAAUGCUCCUUCAUUGCCCUUUCAUCCCAAGGGUUUCGUUUUUUUUUUUUUUUUUUUUUUCCUUUC